GAGAAGGUUCGCGAUUUCGACUACACAAAAUGGGAUGGGUUUGGAGAGACGAGCCCGGCGAAUCGGAUUUACUCGCCGGCGACAGCGGUGGGUCGUCCGGCGAUCGAUGUUCUACCAGAAAGGUGGUGAAGUCGCAGUGCAGGACCGAGGAGGUUGAGCCCGGAAAGUUCGUCAGGAAGUGCGAGAGAACCGAGGAGAUUCUCAGGGACUGCGUCGGACGACCGGUUGAAGUGAUACAAUCCAACAAGGAAUUUACAGAAGAGGAUGUUAUAGAUCAGGUGGUCAAUAGGUCAUUCUCGUCAGGAACAUCCGUACAUCAACCAUUUGGUUUCCCUGGGCUCCGUAGUGACAUCGAAGCCAUCGAGCGCAAUCUCUUCGGUAGCAUGAAGGGGUUCUUUGAAGCAGCUGAAGAGAUCAAGAAUGGUUUCUUUGGUGUUCUUAGAGAUCCACACCAAUUCAUCGAAGAGUCAUCCUCCCCAUCAAUGAGACGAGGAAUACCCAUCGAGGAUCACGAGCAAAGGAUCUUCUCUAAACCCAACGAGCCCGAUUCUGGGCACGUUGACCUAUCAGGAUUGGCCAGGGAUGUCUAAACACCCAAAAUGAACCUGAUUGCCUUUUUUUAGAUGUUGGAUACAACAGGGACAGUUGGUAGUCAAUAGAAUAAACAUGUUCUACAGCAAGUUUGCUCUGAUAAAUUUACUAAAGUUGGUUGAUUAUGUGUGGGAAUAUAACUUGGAUAGUGCAUAUAGUUGUUGGUGUUGAGAACCAAGCAAGUAAUUAGUUUUAAAAAGCUAUGCUUUUUCUAAUGCCAUAAAGUUGAAGGGAA